AUGGAGUGCUUGGACGCGAUGGCCGUGCCGCUUGUCGCGACGGUCGAAGAUGCGAGCGAGCUUCCCGCACUCGUGCGUCAGUGCUUUUUGUACGAGCUGGCAUUGGAGGCACCCACGGAGGCCGAGCGCCUCGCGAUGCUCGAGCAGCUCACGGCGACGACCGUCUUGGCGGCCGACGUGGACCUCGCAGCAGUCGCGCACCAAAGCGCUGGCCGCACGUUUGGGGAGCUCCGUGCCUUGGUGGCCGAUGCCACGUGCCACCGCCUCGCGCAAGUCUCGGAGCUUGCGACGAUCGACGAAGAUGCGAUGAUCGAGAGCCUCUCGGCGCUGGCUCUGCACAUGGUCGACUUGGAGCACGCGCUCAAGCACCAAGCGACCAAGUCGUCCCUCGGUCUUGGCUCGGCCACGAUUCCCAACGUCAAGUGGGAAGACGUCGGUGGCCUCGACCACGUCAAAGACGAAAUCCUCGACAUGGUCCAAUUGCCGCUCAAGCACCCCGAGCUCUUUGCGUCCGGCGUCCGACAACGCUCGGGUAUCUUGCUUUACGGUCCGCCGGGCACGGGCAAGACGCUGCUGGCCAAGGCGAUUGCGACCGAGUGCAGCAUGAACUUUAUCAGCGUCAAGGGCCCCGAACUCCUCAACAUGUACAUUGGUGAAAGUGAAAAGAACGUUCGGCACGUGUUCCAAAUGGCUCGGAACGCGCGUCCGUGCAUUCUCUUCUUCGAUGAACUUGACUCGCUCGCGCCGAUGCGCGGUCGCGGCAGUGACUCGGGCGGCGUCAUGGACCGCGUCGUGUCGCAGCUCCUCACGGAGAUCGACAGCAACCUCGACCAAGUGUUUGUCGUCGGCGCCACCAACCGCCCGGACCUCAUCGAGUCGGCGUUGCUUCGCCCGGGCCGGUUUGAUCGACUGCUGUACCUCGGUAUCUGCAGCGACAAAAACGCCCAGCUCAAGGUCGUCGAGGCCCUCACGCGCAAGUUUCGCCUCGCGCGCGACGUGCACUUGCCGACGGUCCUCUCGGCGUGCCCGCUGCACUUUACCGGCGCCGACUUUUACGCGCUCUGCUCGAUUGCGCUGGCCAAUGCGAUCAAAGACCGCGUCCGCGCCAUUGACGCACACAUUCAAACGACCAACCAAGCCGAUUGCUACUCUGCGCGGCCGCUCAACCCGGCGAUGGUGCUCGACAAGAUGACGCCGGACGAGCUCCAAGUCGAGGUGUCCGCGACGCACUUUGAACGCGCGCUUGCUGCUGUCGUGCCGUCGGUCUCGGCCUCGGAACUCGCCCACUACGAGAAGCUCCGGAAGCAGUUUAGCUCACUCGACGUCGCGUCUUCCUAA